GCGGCUCUGCGGAGCUUUCUCUCGAUGGUGGCUCUUGCUGUUGCGGCGGCCCUCGCCCUCGGAGCUGCCUCCGCUCCUCCUUUCAGUUUGGAGGUCGCGGGACGGAAGGACCGACUCGUCCGCCUGGAGCAGCGCCCCCCCCCCACACGUUCUCCAUUCUCUCCCUGUUACCAGACGCAGAGGGGGUGACGAAGGGCAGUACUCAUGGAGUUGCUCAGGGUGAUGAGAACCAUUGAUGACAGAAUAGUCCAUGAAUUAAACACCACUCUUCCAACAGCUUCUUUUGCGGGAAAAAUUGAUGCUAGCCAAAAAUGUAAAGAACUUCAUCAGUCGCUGACAGAGGCUCAUGAAAGUAGAGACAGAAUAAUCAAAAGCUGUAUUGCCCAAACUUCUAAUGUAGUAAAAACACUACAGGAAGAGAGGAAGAAGUCUCUGGAGGACAUAGCAUUGUUAAAAAGGCUCAGGAAAGAGCAGACAAAGCUGAAAUUAAUGCAGUCAGAGUUGAACGUUGAAGAAGUGGUAAAUGAUAGAAGCUGGAAGGUAUUUAAUGAACGCUGCAGAGCUCAUUAUAAGCCUCCGAAGAGUCAAUGAUGCCAGUGAGGGGAUGCCUUCCCCUGAAAGUGGACUUCAGUCAUGCAAAUAAGAGAAGAAACAUGAAGCAAGCUGCAUGGGACCUUUUAAAGAAAUUGGAUCUGGGGGGUUCAACCCAAUGAAUCACUUUGCUAAUUAAGAUAAACCAACCGCUAUUUUGUAUGGAAAAAACAUUUUUUAUUAAAAAAAAUCCAGAUGCAAUGUGAUGUCAGCAUUUUAACUUCAGCUUUUCCAGAUCUACAAAUAUCCUUUAGACAGGAAGAGAGAAUGAAUAAUGCUUCCAUCACUCCUUGGACCAGAAAGUUUCACUUUUUUAUUAUUAUUUUGGACUGAAUUUGGGCUGUGUAACCUGGCCCAGUUUUAAAAUCAGCAUGAUUCUUAAAAGAUGUCUGCUAUGAUACAACUGGAAUGCUAACAGAUAAUAGUUGGUACAAACUGAGGAUUUAUCAUUUAACUACAUGGUUCUGUAAACAAAGCAUCCGAUUUUGACUGGCAGUGUAGUUAAAUUUAAAUAGUAGACUCUAGUUGCAGUCUGGAAUAUCAGAUGAUGCAGUUAUAAAUUUCUUUACAUUGGACUUGUGGCAUAUGGAUGGUGACAUCUACAUCUUUUUGACUUGGAUACUAAAAGAAUUUGAGAGUGGAAUAUAUUAAACUCAUUAUUUGUUACAUGAAACAAAUAGCAAUUGCUUCUCAUCAAUUUCACUGAUUAAAUGUCAAUGUAGACAGACCUAUAAUUGAAUUCACUUCAUAUCAUGUUACCUAUAAGUCUAUUUUUGAAGUGGCCUGGCAGUGAAUGAAUUGUAGUGGCACACCAUGAUUAGUCUCCUGCAGAUUUAUUGAUAACUAUGUAAUACUGAUAAUAAUAGCAUAAUUUUUCCCAAUAUCGUUUGGCAUCCCAACACAGUUUCUUGAUAUCGUCCCAUUGAUUCAGUUCUAGAAGAGUCACAGUUCUAAGUUGUGGGAGAAAAAAAUAGGGGUAUAUGCAUUAAAUUGAACUUGAGAGAAUUAGAGAUGUGAAG